GACGUUCAUUCAACGGCCACGCAGACCACAUCAGCGGUAACAAGAAUAGCCACGCUGACGACCAAUUCACUCAACGUCCCCAUGAGGAGCACAAAAUUAAUCCCCUGACCGAGAACGUGUACCACUACGUCACGACCGGUUACCCGUUCGCUCAGCACGAUAAUGAUGUUGGCCAUGAAGUAAUAAAUCCUGGACGAAUCUCGCCUUCACAGAGGCACAAUUCUGCAGCCGACAAAUCUGCAGAGCACGAAAGUAUUACUCUGAAAUCAGCCGAAUACCAAACUACAGAGCAUGGAAUUACGGCACUGAACUGUGCUAAAUACAAAUAUGCAGAGCAAGUAAAUACUGCACUGAACUCUGCAAGAUACCAGUCUGCAGAGCAGUCAGGUAUUGCUUUGACACAGCGUCCUUCAUCUGAGGAAAACAGAACGUUUUCGUCCAUACACUUUCAUUCUCCGUCACUGCAUGAAGUCGACAAUGCCUCUUUG